AGCAGCUCCGGCUCCAACCAGUGCCCGUAAGUCCAGAGAGGGUCAACAUUUUUGGGGUACAUUGUGAGCCUCUAACAGGAACUGUAAAGAGAAAGCAGUGGGUGAAAAGUACCACCUGUCUUCUUGGGACGCACUUUACGCACUUUUACUGAGUUUUAUUUACAGUAGCAUAGCGACUAUACGAUCCUCAGCAGUGUUCUGAGACUGUAUAGUCGCACUUGGUCUCCGAGACUAAAAAGGCUGGCUUGAAAGACUAAUGAAGAGAUAAGGAAGAUUCUCCCUCCCCCGCCUCCUGAACGACACUAACAGCAGCACUAGUGGCACAAUCAGUGCUGUAAGACUGAGGGGCAUCGAGGGCACCAGCCUGCAUAGUGCAUUCUCAGGACUUAAGGCACCACUUUAGGGACAGUUUCAGCCAUGACUGCUGACAAGGAAAAGAAAAGGACUAGCUCAGAAAGGCGAAAGGAGAAAUCACGGGAUGCUGCACGGUGCAGGAGGAGCAAGGAGACAGAAGUGUUCUACGAGCUGGCCCGUCAGCUACCUCUGCCACACAGCAUCAGCACACAUCUGGACAAAGCAUCUAUCAUGCGACUCACUAUUAGUUUCUUACGGACCCGCAAGCUUUUGUCCUCUGCAUGGCCAAAAGAAACAGAGUCAGACUGCCAGAUGGAUGGAUUGUACCUUAAAGCCCUAGAAGGAUUUAUUACAGUAGUGACACAAGACGGAGACAUGAUCUUUCUGUCAGAAAAUGUCAGCAAGUACAUGGGACUGACACAGGUAGAACUAACGGGGCACAGCAUUUUUGAUUUUACUCACCCUUGUGAUCAUGAAGAAAUAAAAGAGAACCUGUGCUUGAAAAACGGUUAUGGGAAAAAGAACAGAGAAAUGAACUCAGAGCGUGAUUUCUUUAUGAGAAUGAAAUGCACAGUUACAAGCAGGGGACGAACAGUCAAUCUAAAAUCUGCCACUUGGAAGGUCCUGCACUGCACUGGACAUAUUCAGACACAUGGUUCCUGCCAACAGCAUACUUUAUGUGGAUUUAAAGAUCCUCUACUUGCUUAUCUGAUCAUAGUAUGUGCUCCUAUUCAACAUCCCUCCAACAUCGACAUCCCUCUGGACAGCAAGACAUUUCUAAGUCGCCAUAGUAUGGAUAUGAAAUUUACUUAUUGUGAUGACAGAAUUACCGAACUGAUGGGAUACCAUUCUGAAGAACUACUUGGCCGAUCAGUGUAUGAAUUCUACCAUGCAUUGGAUUCAGAAAAUAUGACGAAAACCCACCAGAACUUAUGCACCAAAGGUCAAGUCAUUAGUGGCCAGUACAGGAUGCUUGCAAAGCAUGGUGGGUAUGUUUGGAUAGAAACACAUGGAACUGUCAUCUAUAACUCACGCAACUCUCAGCCUCAGUGUAUCAUCUGCAUCAAUUAUGUGCUAAGUACAAUUGAGGAGAAUAACACUGUGUUCUCAGUGGACCAGACAGAGUCAGUGUUCAAACCGCACCUGAUGACAAUGAACAGCAUCUUCAGCAGGAGUGUACUUGCAUCUGAGCAAGGUGACCUGCUCUACCGUAAACUGAAGGAAGAGCCUGAUGACCUGGAGCAACUAGCACCCACUCCAGGUGAUGCAGUUGUUUCUCUGGACUUUGGAACUCAGCGGUUUGAUGACUCCUCUGUAUACAAGAAAUCCAUCAUGCCUCUUACUAACACAUCUUGGACACCUGAGGCAAAGAAACCAAGUUCUGAAGCAGAGGUUACCAAGCCACCAGCCUUCAGCCUGCCACAGGUUCCCCCUGGGAGCAGAACCCCGAGCACAUGCAGCAGUAGCAGUUGCUCUACACCAAGUAGCCCAGGUGACUAUUAUGGUCCUUUGGAGAGUGACCUUAAGACAGAGCUGGUAGAAAAGCUUUUUGCAAUGGACACUGAAUCUAAAAAUCAGUGUAACACUCAGGCUGAUUUUAAUGAACUGGACCUUGAAACACUAGCACCAUACAUUCCUAUGGAUGGAGAAGACUUUCAGUUGAACCCAAUAUGUCAGGAAGAACACCCUGUGUCAGAAUAUCCACAAAACUCCCAACAGAUGUUUGGAAGCAUGAGUGGCUUGUUUCAACCUAUAGUCCCAACAGCUCAGUCCCCACUUAUCUCCAGCACAUAUUGUCCACAGAUGACAUUGCCUGAGAAGGGUAACCCCAACCAUGCACAGCCAGUGAAUCAUUCUUCUUUGGCUUAUAACAAUGAUAAAAGAGGAUUACCACCUUACCAAGCACCAGCCAGCACUCCAUUGUCUUCACAAGGGGGAAGAGCCAAUGUCCAGUGGCCACCAGAUCCGCCUUUCAGAUAUGCGCCUUCUAAAUGGAGAACAGCUCCGUUUUCUCGAUCGUUUUCUGGAACACAGCUGGGACCAGCGUUACAAUCCCAAAGUAUUCCUUUAUUUAAGCAAAGGUCUCUGGAAAGCUUUGGGCAGCGAGGUAAAGAUGUAACGCCCGCAAUGAUUGCUAUUUCAAACAGUCUGAAACGGAAGCGGCAGUUACAAUAUAUUGAGCAACAAUUUCAAGAAAUCAGUGGGGAUGAUGCCCAUAAUGCAGCUUGUCACGCAAUUUGGAAAAAGAUGAAAGGCCUCAAAGGAGAACACUGUUCUUUAAUGAUGGAAAAAAAGUCUCUCAGCACAAGUGCCCUUACAGAAAAGUUUAUCUGCAGAGCCCUUGACUAUCCAUCGACUUUAAGAGACCAUGCGGUCUGUAGAGCCUCUAAUGAUAAUCACAAAGCUAUGGUUCCUGCACAGUUUUACUGCUCUAACUAUCAAGCAAUAGGUCCUCAGGCACUAUCAGCAGCUAAAGUGGCAGGAGCAGCUAAUCUUUUGCUGAGUCCAUUGUCUGAAUCUUACCUGUUGCCAGAAUUGACAAGAUAUGACUGUGAGGUUAAUAUUCCAGCUCUUGGCAACUCAAAUCUUCUUCAAGGAAGUGACCUACUCAUAGCACUUGACCAAGCAACCUAAGUAGUUCUGCAAUAACAGCUUCAAUUUUUAUCUGUAUUUUUACAAGUAGAAUAUCUGUAUAAUCGAUAUAUCUUAAAGAUUUAAAUGUCAGACAUGUCCAUGUCAACACAUAGUGGCCUUUUUGAAGUUAUUUGAUAUCAUUCAGACAUAAAAAUGUCUAACUGCUGUAGUAAUUUCUCUGUUUUAAUAAAGAUCCUCUUCUUCUUUGAAACAUUUUAUCUUACUUUUAUAUCUUCACAUAUUUUGUUCUCAUCUUUCUUUUCUGAAUGCUGCUGCCUUGAAUUCUUUAAGACAGUGAAGAUGUGUAUGUGUGCGUGUCCAUGAAAAUAUGCAUGUGCACUUUUUAGGAUAAUUGGAAUGGUCACAUGCUGUCUAUAAAUGUUUGUUUUGCCCCCACACACACAUUUGUAAGCGUUCAUACACACACACACACACACACACACACACACACACACACACACACACACACACACACACACACACACACACAAAUAUACACACAUGCACAUGCUCACACAAAGAAUUAAGCUACUCUACCAAAAUGUCUGUAUUAUGCUAGUAACUUUUCUUUUUUCAAAGACAAUUCUCAUAUUUUUCUUUCUUUAAGUGAUGUACUUUGCCAUUAACUGUUGCACUUUUUGUACUUUUUGCUAUCAUUAGAAAUAAAAUAUAAAAGAGAAACUGCAAUAUAUGUGGAUGUAUGUGAAAAGUUGCACACUGUAGCAUUCCUUGAAUUGUCCUUAUUUGGUGGCUUUUUUAAACAAAGUAUUAAGCUUUUUAAAUUUUGUACUGUAGGUGUUUAGUAUUUAUCUUGUAUUGGUACUUAGUAAUACCUAAAAACAGAAAUCAGAACGGAGUCCUGUUCACAUAACCAUCCUUUAUAAUCAUCUUAUUGUCACAGUAGGCAAUUACUUAUUAAAUGUCUCCUGUGUGGAAUGCAGAUAUGUGGAGGGCAACAGUGCAGGACAAAACUAAUAUUACUGUUUGGAGAAAUCCGUUAUGUCUUCUUUUGCAUUACAUUAAUCAGUCCACAAAUGUUUAACUUGGUAUCAUUUAAGAAAAAAAUAUACAACUAUAUAUAUUUUUGGUUUAUUUUUAGCAGUGUCUGAACCACCUUUUCAAAAAAAAAAAAAAGAUAUUCUGUCAUAUGUUGCCUUUAAUUCUUUGUGGUCCCUGAAGUGCAAUAAAUUCACCGAACAGCUGUUUAACAAAUAUUGUUUUGAUAACCAUGUUACAAUGGAAAAACUUCUUUUAUAAUAGUCUUUUAGCUGGAAAGUAGAUGGGUUUCUCUGUUAUGUCAAGCUGCUAAAUAGUCUACAAAAGUCUGUAAAAGAAUGUUGAGUAGAAGCUAAUGACAAACACAUAAACACACACACGUAUGUAUGUAUAUGUCUAUAUAUAUAUAUAUAUAUAUAUAUAUAUAUAUAUAUAUAUAUAUAUAUAGACAUAUACGUAGAUAUACGUAAACUGUGCCUUAUAAGUAGGCACACAAGCUUAUAAAUCCCAUUAAAAUAUACUUGUGUGGAGAAUUCUCAGAUUCUUUUAUGACCCUGCAUGGGCUUCUUUACAUGUGAUCAGUGGCCUGCAGAAAAAAAAAUGAAUGGCAUAACACCAAAUACUUUUUCUCAUAGGACAUCAUUACCAUUGCAAUUUCUAAUUAUGUGCCAGAAUUGUUCACUUCUUUUCGGCAAUUUGUCCCUUCUUUGAGUUGAUGUGAGCAUAGAGUUGGCAUAUAUAAGUUCAGGGGAAUGUGGGGAGGCGUAACCCUCACAUCAGAGGCGUGCAAAAAAAGCAAGGAACAAAGGAGUUUGUUGCCCUUUUGUAUUUUGGACUCUUUAUUUGUUGUUCUUUUGGAAUAUCGACUUUCAAGAAGUCGAUAUUUCAUAGUGGAAUCCCCUGCAUGCUGCUGGCAAGGUGUUCAAAAUAGUGGUAUUUGAAAAAUAUGUACUGUAAGGCAUAAACAGUUUACUUUAAACUAAUAGAUACAUGUUUAAGAAAAUCUGAGGCCCCAGGCCAAGUAAUUAGGCCACAAAGAAAUAAUAUUGUAAUUGUUCUGUGAGUGUGGUCUAUAACUUACUGGUUAGAUAUAUCAUUAAGAGAUCAAGAAUUCAUCUCUGAAAUAUCUUGUGUCUAUUUCUAAAAGGGCUGAACAGGUGUUUUCUUCAUUCACCAUUACAGUGGGUCAGUUUGGUUAAUUAACUUGUAUUCAGCUGAACUGCCAGGAGAGUGAAGCGUGAGGUUCCACAGAAAGAACCAGAACUAAAUUCACUCAUACUUAAUAGCAUAGGUCAUUUUACAAUUUUAACAAUUUUAUGGUGCACUGAAAAUCUGACUGCCAUGCUUUAUUUUAUAUUUUUGCAUUAAGGUCAGGUUUAAAAGUAUUGAAAUUAAAAUAUUCCAACAUGCCUGAAAACUGUAGAUAUUUUGUUAUGGUAGUUUUGACAGGUGUCGAAAAUGUAGAGUGACAGUCAAAAUGGAGGCUUUGUGGAUUAGCUUUGGUGGCUUUGUAGUACAAAAUGCCAUAGCAUGUGAACAUUUGAUGUAUUUCUGCUGUUUGUUUAAACACUGGCAAGUUCCUUCCUGCUGUCUUGCAGUUAAAGGAGACAGAAGUGUACGCAGUCUUCUAAAUAAUUUUAGUAAUACUGAAUGUCUACUGUUUAAUCAAAAGUAUAGAUUUAACUUCCAUUUAUCUCCUGUUGCUAAAUAUUUUUAACAUUGCUGUUGUUGUAUGGGUGUAUUAAUCUAAGAAAAUGUAUUUUGACACUGAUACUUUAUUAAAGCUUACUGAUUCUA